CAUUUGGAAAAAUUGAGCAUAGCAUUAAAUCAAUUUAAUGGCAUACUCCCGGAUUCAAUUGGGAAUUUGUCUACUUCUCUUCAAAUUUUUCAAGCAUUUGGAUCAAAAAUCAAGGGCAGCAUUCCUAGUGGAAUCGGCAAUUUGAGUGGCUUAGGACAUCUAAGCAUGGAUAGCAACGAGUUGACCGGACCUAUCCCACCAACAAUCGGAAGGUUACAAAAUCUCGUACAACUGUAUCUUGAACACAAUAGACUACAAGGACCCAUUCCAAAUGAUCUCUGCAAGUUAACCAUGCUCGGAGACAUUUACGUAAGUAACAAUAACCUUUAUGGACCGAUACCAACAUGCUUCGGAGAACUCAAGUCCCUAAGAAGACUCUACUUAGACUCCAACAACUUGACUUCCAUGAUACCCUCAAACUUGUGGAGCCUUCAUAACCUGUUGGGUCUAAAUUUAUCCACAAAUUCUCUGAGAGGCAAUCUACCAUUAGAAAUCGGGAAUUUGAAGGUCAUAACACAAUUAGACUUGUCAUGGAACCAGUUAUCAGGUGACAUCCCUAGCACCAUUGGAGGCGCUCAAUCAUUAGUAAAUUUAUCCUUGGGGCAUAAUAAACUACAAGGACAUAUUCCUCAAUCACUGAGCAACUUAAUAAGCUUGGAAUUUUUGGAUCUAUCAGGUAACAAUCUGUCCGGAGACAUUCCCAAGUCCUUAGAAAAACUCAAGUAUCUUCACUAUUUGAAUGUGUCCUUCAAUAGAUUGCAAGGAGAAAUUCCUACAGGAGGAUGUUUCAAGAACUUUACAGCUCAGUCAUUUAUGUAUAAUGAUGCACUCUGUGGUGUGUCCAGACUACAAGUCCCGCUGUGCAAAACCAACGCACUCCAACGAUCAAAGUCAAAAAUUGUGCCUCUAUUGAAAUACAUUUUACCCACUAUAAUAGCAUCAGCAAUCCUUGUGCUGGCCCUUCUAUAUGUACUGAUGAGGCACAAAAAAGAUAAUUCCAGAUUACCUACCCAAGCUGAUUCAGUACCUCUUACAUGGAGAAGGAUUUCGUACCAUCAGCUUCUGCAAGCAACAAAUGCAUUUAAUGAAACGAACCUACUUGGGAAGGGGAGUUUUGGUUCUGUUUAUGGUGGAACGCUUUCAGAUGGGACAAAUAUUGCAGUAAAGGUUUUUAAUUUGCAAUCAGAAGCAGCAUUCAAGAGUUUUGAUGUCGAAUGUGAGGUAAUGCGUAAUAUUCGCCAUCGAAACCUUACUGAAAUCAUCAGCAGCUGCACGAACAUGGAUUUCAAAGCCUUGGUACUCGAGUACAUGCCUAAUGGGAGCCUUGAGAAGUGGUUAUAUUCUCACAACUAUUGUUUGGAUAUCCUACAACGGUUAAACAUAAUGAUAGAUGUGGCAUCAGCCUUGGAAUAUCUACAUCAUGGUCAGCCAACACCCAUUCUUCACUGUGAUUUGAAGCCUAGCAAUGUCCUGCUCGAUGAAAAUAUGAUUGCACAUAUUGCUGAUUUCGGUAUUGCCAAACUCUUGGGUGAUGGGGAUUUUAUGGCACAAACCAGGACUUUGGCAACAAUUGGUUAUAUGGCACCAGAAUACGGGACUGAAGGAAUAGUAUCUACAAAAGGCGAUGUCUAUAGUUAUGGUAUCAUGUUGAUGGAAGUAUUCACAAGGAAAAAGCCAACGGAUGACUUGUUUGCUGGAGAGAUGAGCUUGAAGCGUUGGGUGAAGGAAGCAUUAGAUGAUUCUCCAUUUGCAGUUUUGGACGCCAAUUUGAUAGGAAGAGAGGACAAACAUUUCCUUGUAAAGGAGCAAUCUAUAUCAUCAGUCUUGAGUUUGGCCAUGGAUUGUUCAAAUGAUUCACCUGAGAAAAGGAUCAACAUGAAUGAUGCCUUGAUUGUACUUAAGAAAAUUAAGUCCACAUUUGUAGCAAACAGUGGAUAG